GCCUGCUCACGACUGCCCGUGCUGCUGCUGCUUCUGACAUCCGCGCAAAACGGACCAUCAAAACUAUUCUCAUUCGAUUCUCUCGCGGGUUGGUUAGUUCAUCUUCCAGCUGAGAAGGCUGAAGAUUUCCGAUUCAUCCGUACCGUUCCGCCUGCACCGAACAACAUACCGACGCAUCCGCUGACCUCUGUGCUGUUUGAGUUUUCCAACCUAAAGAAAGUGCCGCAACGAUGGUGCAGUAUUCCCGUCUGCUGAGCGUUCAGGCUCGCAAGGUUGCCCGGUACGCCGUCGAUGUGCAGGAGCGCCAGUUCCAUGCGUCGUGUGCCGCCGCCUCGAAGGUCGCGCUGUCCAAGUUCGACCAGAAUGUGUACCUGCCGUACGAGAAGCUGCAGAAGAACCUGGAGGUGGUGAAGAAGCGCCUGGGCCGCCCGCUGACGCUCAGCGAGAAGGUGCUGUACUCGCAUCUGGACGAUCCGGCCAACCAGGACAUUGAGCGGGGCGUGUCGUACCUGCGCCUGCGGCCCGAUCGUGUCGCGAUGCAGGACGCCACCGCCCAGAUGGCCAUGCUGCAGUUCAUCUCGUCCGGGCUGAAGCGGGUCGCCGUGCCGUCCACCAUCCACUGCGAUCACUUGAUUGAGGCGCAGAUCGGUGGCGAGAAGGAUUUGGCCCGCGCCAAGGACAUUAACGCGGAGGUGUACAAGUUCCUGUCGACGGCGGGUGCGAAGUACGGCGUCGGCUUCUGGAAGCCCGGCUCCGGCAUCAUCCAUCAGAUUAUUCUGGAGAACUACGCGUUCCCGGGUCUGCUGAUGAUCGGUACCGACUCGCACACGCCGAACGGCGGAGGGCUCGGUGGCCUGUGCAUCGGUGUGGGCGGUGCCGAUGCCGUCGACGUGAUGGCCAACAUCCCGUGGGAGCUCAAGUGCCCGAACGUGAUCGGUGUGAAGCUGACGGGCAAGAUUAGCGGCUGGACCUCGCCGAAGGACGUCAUCCUGAAGGUGGCCGACAUUCUGACGGUGAAGGGCGGCACCGGCGCGAUCGUGGAGUACAUGGGCAACGGGGUGGACUCGAUCUCGUGCACGGGCAUGGCGACGAUCUGCAACAUGGGCGCGGAAAUCGGUGCCACCACGUCGAUCUUCCCCUUCAACAAGCGUAUGGCCGACUAUCUGGCCUCGACUGGCCGGUCGGCGAUCGCGGCCGAGGCGGGCAAGUACCAGGGCAGCGUGCUGACCGCGGACUCGGGCGCCAAGUACGACCAGGUGAUUGAGAUCAACCUGGACACGCUGGAACCGCACAUCAACGGACCGUUCACGCCUGAUCUGGCCCACCCGAUCAGCAAGCUGGGUGCGAACGCGAAGAAGAACGGAUACCCGAUGGACAUUCGCGUCGGUUUGAUCGGUUCGUGCACGAACUCGUCGUACGAGGACAUGGGCCGCUGCGCUUCCAUCGCCAAGAACGCCAUGAAGCACGGUCUGAAGUCGAAGAUUCCGUUCAACGUGACGCCCGGAUCGGAGCAGAUCCGUGCCACGAUCGAGCGCGACGGCAUUGCGAAGACGUUCAAGGAGUUCGGCGGCACCGUGCUGGCCAACGCUUGCGGACCCUGCAUCGGCCAGUGGGACCGUAAGGACGUGAAGAAGGGCGAGAAGAACACGAUCGUCACGUCGUACAACCGUAACUUCACCGGUCGUAACGAUGCCAACCCGGCCACGCACUGCUUCGUCACGAGCCCCGAACUGGUGACGGCUCUGUCGAUUGCUGGCACCCUGAACUUUAACCCGCUGACCGACGAACUGACCGGUGCCGAUGGCAAGAAGUUCAAGCUGGACUCGCCGUACGGCGAUGAGCUGCCCCAGAAGGGAUUCGACCCCGGCAUGGACACCUACGAAGCGCCCCCGUCGGACGGCACCAGCGUGAAGGUCGAUGUGGAUCCUAAGAGCCAGCGUUUGCAGCUGCUGGAGCCUUUCGACGUGUGGAACGGCAAGGAUCUCACCGAAAUGACCGUCCUGAUCAAGGUUAAGGGCAAGUGCACCACCGAUCACAUCUCGGCUGCCGGCCCGUGGCUGAAGUACCGUGGCCAUUUGGACAACAUCUCGAACAACAUGUUCAUUGGUGCCACCAACAUCGAAAACAACGAAAUGAACAAGAUCAAGAACCAGGUGACGGGCGAAUGGGCCGGAGUACCGGAUGUUGCCCGCUUCUACAAGUCGAAGGGCAUCAACUGGGUCGCUGUCGGCGAUGAGAACUACGGCGAGGGCUCGUCCCGCGAACAUGCCGCCCUGGAACCGCGUCAUCUGGGCGCCCGUGCCAUCAUCACCAAGUCGUUCGCCCGUAUCCACGAAACGAACCUCAAGAAGCAGGGUCUGCUGCCGCUGACCUUCGCUAACCCCGCCGAUUACGAUAAGGUUCAACCGACCUCGAAGAUCUCGAUCCUGGGUCUGAACAACUUUGCCCCGGGCAAGCAGCUGGACUGCGAGAUCAAGACCGACGGUAAGGUGCAUAAGAUUAAGUUGAACCACUCGUUCAACCAGCAGCAGAUCGAAUGGUUCAAGGCUGGCAGCGCCCUGAACCGCAUGAAGCAGAUUGCGGCCAACAAGUAAGGCGUGGUGCAAUAUGGUACUUUCCCCGACCUCCCCCCAAGUACACCCUCUCCGCCAGUCCAGUCAUCUUCCUCGUUACGACCGACACCAUCAACACAAGACAUCCGCCCACCAAUCUAGGGACGGUGGCAAGCGGUUAACCAGGCCGCGACAGCUAUUGUUUGGUUCCACAGUGAGUCCACGCGAACCCCGGCUAACCGCCGGUUCGUGUCUCGCACUGGCGGAGACCAUUUUUGUGUGUGUGAUUGUUUACGAAUCGAUUAAAAGCCUGUUGUUUGGUCGCGCGCAGCUUCGGUUUGCCAGCAUUGUAAAUAGAGCAUAAUGAUGAUCCCGACCCGAGGCGUUAAUGCAGACACACCCGAUAGUCAUACGCGAUCCCAAGUGAUCCCCUCCCUGUAUCUGCUACUUAUCUUCAAAAUCCUACGAUUGCUCCGUCAAUUGAUUGGUAGAGAUAAUGUUUACCUAAAAAAAAAACAAGAUGUUUAGACAAAAACGAAAACGCGACAAAUUACCUAAGAUACUGGAUGAUGGUUUGUCCAUACUUCAGAACCAACAAUGAAUGCAAACUUAACAUUUAGCUGCAUCGUGAAGUGAGCGUGUGUGUGUGAUGCACUGACACGUGCGAACGUUAUUAGCAUGUAUCUCUCUCUCAAAUCGAAGCCUCCCCCGCUGCGGAGGAGGAAUAAACUUCACUUCCCUGUUUUAAUCAGCUUUCGUUUACUUAACGUUUGCGCAAACGGAUUGAGCGGCAGCUCUAUUUCUCGAUCGUGUCAUUUUUCUUUUGAUUUUACUUCCAAGAUUCUCUAGACAAUAAUAAUGAAAGCAUGCAGUUUUUCGAGUAAAUAAAAGCGAUUAUAAUCAAGUGAA